AUACAGCUUCCAGAGUAUCUCUCUGCCUCAAACGUUACUCUAAUCCAGGUGGCUGUAUUACUGGAGCAAGGUAAAUGGCGGAAACAUACCCCAUUGGUACACGCAAAGAAUGCGAACGUCUAGUCAAGGAUUGGGGCUUCAAGCAUGUCUUUACUUGGGCAGACGGAAGCAAUGCUCACUAUCCACCACACUCACAUGGCGGUGUCACAACGCAUCUAAUCCGCCAAGGGAGUUUGACAAUCACCUACCCGGACGACAAUGCUAAGCUGCAUAAUGGGGAGGUAAAAAAGGAGACGUUCGGUGUUGGUGCACGACUGGAUGUUCCGGCGGGCAAGCUGCAUGAGGUGUGGAUUGGAGACAGUGGAUGCGAGUAUGUCAUUGGAGAAUAGGCACGAGUGGAC